GCCUAGCAGUCUUUGACCAAGGAGUUGAAUGGCGAACUGUGAAACGCACAACCUUCCUGUCCUGGAGCUGGAGCCGCAUCAAAUCCGCGAGGCCCUACGCUGCGUGCUACACACCAUAAUAUUUAAUCGUGCACUUGGCUACGUUAUUCCAAAGGACGUGGACUCGGAGCUCUUCGACAUUACCUACGUCCAGUGCGGAGACCCCAGCGUGGAAGCUCGUGUGGAAUCACGCAUCACCGACUUUUGCGCGCAGGUGGAGAAGCGGCCCGCAGAGCUCCACCAGCUGCAGCUCUCGUUCUACGAGACGCGGCGCAAGCAGGCUUGGUUCGGCACGCAGGACGAGCGGCUGUACUGGGAAACCUGGGUGCUGAGUGUGCUAGUGCUGCAACCCGACAUCUCCCUGCAACAACAGCAACAGCAGCAGCCUGCCGUACAACAACAGCAACACGCGGCACCAGCAGCAGCAACGUCCGUGUCCUCACAACAACAGCAACAGCUAGCGGGCAAUACCCAAGUUCGGGCUGCUCGUGCUGCGCGGCUCCAAGCGGCAUUAGAGGAGCAGCUGGCAUUAGUGGUUCGACGCGUCAACGACCGGCGAGACCACCUGCCACCCGUGCUGUCCUCCGCCGCCGUCACAUUCCCCUUCGACAUCACCUUCUCGGGGUCUUCGACCCGUGGGUCACUACAGGGCGGCUUACAAGCGGUUGGGAAGAUGCUGCUGAAGGCUACUCCGCCGCCAGUGCUGGGUUGAAGAGACAUAGGCGGAUGGAUAGACCCGUGGAUCAUUGCAAGGGGGCUUGCGGGCGUGUUGCGGCGCUUUGGACUUUAGGCAGGCGGGGUUAAAGAGGCAUGGAGGAACUAGCGAGCGUGAAAAUUUCCGCCCUUGAUGGCAGUUGUAGGAGGAGGAAAGGCAGCUGCUGAAUGGGAGGAAGGGAGACCGGUUCCGAGCUUGGGUUUGCAUGGAAGAGACGACACAAUCACUGAUCAGGCGCUGAAAUUAGGAGCACGGCCUCGAGGGAGGGCAGCCUAGAAGUUAUUACUUUUAGGAACGAGGUGUAUAACGUGCGGUAUGGGUGCGGGAUCGUGGGGUUUCGGGUGGCGGAUGCCGGCAGAAAUGUGUGCUGACAUGCCGUACACACAGGCGCCCCCAGCCAGCACUCCUGGCCAAUGGAGCUACUACGAAGCGCAGUUCCCGCAGCUAAACAUCCACUGAGCCGAAUCCCCAGGGCUGGCGGGGCUGAUGGGAUGGCGUGACGCUGCUGGCGUUGCCGGGUGCAGUUGCGGCACCCGGCGGUGCCCCCAGGACUCCUAAGCAAAUGGAAUGAGGCGCUCACAGCCAAGGACUGUUAUCGUGUGAGUAGGCUAUGAAGCAUUUUUAGUGAGGCAAUUAAC